UCCACCUGUGAGGACCUCAGACCAAGGAGCACAGCAAUUAUGUGCUACCUUGUGCUGAUCUAUCACAUAAAAUACUAAAAGACACACAUUGAAGGUAGUGUUUUUAACAUGACAGACUUGUUGAACAACAUCUAAGGAUAUAAAUACUAUUUUAAGAUGUUGUAUCUAUAACUACAUCAGUUGGUUUUGUUGAAACUUAGAAUUAUGCAUCAGCGUUUGAAAUGUUGUAUUACUUUAACUACGACAAGGGAUCUUGCAGGAGAGUUGUCCCCCAAAUAAUGAAAGCAAAGUUUUCAGCGUCUGGUUCGUGCCUAGAUUAGCCUAUAAAUCUGUAGUAAGAUUUUACAACUUUAUGACAGUAAAUUAAAAGAACUGCUUUUAAACGACAAGGCUGCUCAUUCUACCAGAAAACGGUACAGCUAGAAGCAAGACACGGUGGCAAGCUGCUCCAACCUGAGGCAAUGACGUCAUGAUUUCUACGGCAAGCAGCGAAGUCACCCCUGAUCUGUUCCCGGAAACAACCCUGGUGCCGUCCCUCCCGGCGAUACCCUCUGCGCGAUCCGCCUCCGCCUCUCACAAGGCCCGGAGGCGCAGCAGCGGAGGUGACUGUGCUGCCAGGCCUCGGCCUCCGCCCUCGACCUGCAGGCCGGGCCCUAAAAGAGGCAGCAUGGAGGUGGGCAUGCGAGUGGUGCGCGGCCUGGACUGGAAGUGGGGCAACCAGGACGACGGCGAGGGCCACGUGGGCACCGUGGUGGAGAUUGGUCGGCAGGGGAGCACGACGACUCCAGACAAGACGGUGGUAGUUCAGUGGGACAGCGGCACACGGACCAACUACCGGACUGGCUACCAGGGUGCCUACGACCUGCUGCUGUAUGAUAAUGCUCAAAUUGGGGUCCGUCACUCCAAUAUCAUCUGUGACAGUUGCAAGAAGCAUGGCAUCAUGGGAAUGCGAUGGAAGUGCAAAGUGUGCUUCGACUACGACCUGUGCACCCAGUGUUACAUGAACAACAAGCACGACCUCAGUCAUCCGUUCGAACGCUAUGAGACGGCCCAUUCCCAGCCAGUGAACCUGACGCCGAGGCAGAACCUCCCGCGCGUCAUCCUCAAGGGAAUCUUCCAGGGGGUUAAAGUAGUCCGUGGACCAGACUGGGACUGGGGGAACCAAGACGGUGGGGAGGGUAAGGUUGGCAAAGUGGUGGACAUUCGUGGCUGGGACACGGAGUCCGGCCGCAGCGUGGCCAGUGUCACCUGGUCCAACGGCACCACCAAUGUCUACCGAAUGGGCCACAAAGGCAAAGUAGACCUAAAGUACGUGUCGGAUGGCCAGGGAGGCUUUUAUUACAAAGAUCACCUACCGAAGCUUGGUGAGCAUGCAGAGCUCCAGCGGCAGGAGAGCGCUGACGGCCACUCUUUUCAGCAGGGAGACAAAGUCAAAUGUCUGCUGGAGGUGGACAUUUUGCGACAGAUGCAGGAAGGACACGGAGGGUGGAACCCCAAAAUGGCCGAGUACAUUUGUCGGAUCGGCACUGUUCAUAGAAUAACUGACAGAGGAGACGUCCGCGUCCAGUACAGCAACAACAUCCGCUGGACUUUCCACCCGGGAGCUCUCACCAAGGUGAACACCUUUGGAGUGGGUGAGCUGGUUAAAGUAUUGGACGAGCUGGAAACCGUGAAGAGACUUCAGGCUGGCCAUGGAGAGUGGACAGACAGCAUGACUCCUGUGCUUGGCCAGGUGGGAAAGGUGUUGAAAGUAUAUGCAGAUGGUGACCUACGGGUGGCAUUUGGAGGCCAGACGUGGACGUUCAACCCAGCGUGCCUUUCAGCCCAGCCUGCAGAGGUCGAUGCAAACCUUAUGACAGCCGAGAACCCCAACGAAUCUGGAAGUACGGUCAUCUCGGUGCUGGAGAAGCUGCUGUCUCAGUCCACAGAGCAGGACAACCCCAACAGGCUCGUCAUCGAGGCAGCCCACGGCAGUGCCAACAAAGUGCGCGAGUUGGUGCAAAAGUAUCCUGACAAGGUGGAUAUCAAGAACCAAGGCAAGACGGCUCUGCAGGUGGCCGCUCACCAAGGCCACACAGAUGUGGUGAAGGCCCUGCUGCAAGCCAACAGCUCGGUCGAGGUUAAGGAUGAAGAUGGAGACACGGCAUUACACUACACUGCCUUUGGUAACCAGGCUGAGAUCGCUCGGCUGCUGCUGAGCAAAGGGGCGAAUGUCAACGUACUGAACAACUCCAUGUGUACAGCGCUCCACAUUGCUGUCAACAAGGGCUUCACUGACGUGGUGCGAGUGCUGACCGAACAUUCGGCUGACGUCAAUCUCCAGGAUUCAUAUGGGGACACGCCGCUUCACGACGCCAUUGCCAAGGAUUUCCGCAGCAUCAUCGAGAUCCUGGUGGUGGUGCCCAACAUUGACUUCACCCAGCAGAACCACAGAGGCUUCAACCUGCUUCACCACGCUGCUCUCAAAGGGAACAAACUGGCCACAGAAAAGAUCCUGGCUCGAGCUCGGCAGCUAGUGGACGUCAAAAAGGAAGACGGCUUCUCUGCCCUGCAUCUGGCCGCUCUCAACAACCACAGAGACGUCACCGAGGUCCUCAUCAAGGAGGGGCGCUGUGACGUCAACAUCCGUAACAACCGGAACCAGACGCCACUGCAGCUGGCCGUCACACAGGGCCACACGGAACUGGUGCAGCUGCUGGUGGACGAGGGCGCCGACGUCAACAUGGAGGACGAGGACGGUGACACGGCCAUGCACGUGGCCCUCCUUCGCCCGCAGCUGGCCAACGUCAUGCUCACCCCGUCAGCAGGGAGCAGCAGCACGGAGGAGGGCACCGAGGGCUGCUCGUCCACGUCGCUCUACUGCAGGCUGAACUCUUCGGGUCUCCUGGGGAACGCCGAGCUAAACGUUGGCAUGGGUAUCGCCUGUUUUCUGGCCCAGGAGGGUGCUGACAUCAGCUACGCCAACCACAAAGGCAAAAGUCCUCUGGACCUGGUGGCAGACAGCACCAUGCUGCAGCUCAUCAAGAACUUCUCUGAGAAGCACAGGUUGCAGCGUCUGCAGGCCAUCACAUGUGGACAGGGCUUGAGCAGCGCGAGCAUGCGGCGGGUCCACACAACACCCAACACCAUGACCAACCUGGUUUUUCCCACGCCGCCUGGUCCCAGUGAAUGCCUCAUCUGUUCUGAGCUCGCUCUGCUGGUUCUCUUCUGCCCCUGCCAGCACAGCGUGGCCUGUGAAGAAUGCGCUCAUCGCAUGAAGAAAUGCAUCAAAUGCCAGGUGACGAUAACCAAGAAGAUACGACAAGACCAAACGGAGGUGGACUGCAGCCCUGGCACAGAGAACUCUGAGCAGCACAACCUGCUGGAGCAGCUACAGUCCCGCUACAGACAGAUGGAGGAGCGCAUCACCUGCCCCAUCUGCAUCGACAACCACAUCAAGCUGGUCUUCCAGUGCGGACACGCCUCCUGCAUUGACUGCAGCGCCGCGCUCAAGACCUGCCCGAUCUGCAGGCAGACCAUCCGGGAGCGCAUCCAGCUGUUUGUCUGAGCGGGAAGGGCCGCAGAGGCGCAGCGCUCUCGUCCCCCUCCUCUCUGGCCGCUGCAGCCUCCCCGCGCCUCUGAUUAAACAUUCACACAACUUUUUUCUAAAAGACCCUGCUUAAUAUUGCUCAGAGUCCACUGUUACAUGUUGGUUCGUUUCCAUCUCGAGCAGCGCAGGAACAUUGCUUUAAUUUUAGCUCCUGCAGCAGGACUGACUCUUUGCUGAGCCUGCGAGGAAUCACGCGAGGCAGAGUUGAUGCGACGCCUCCUCUUUGAAUCCUCUGAUUGGUAAAGAAGCAGCGGAAAGGAAAAAAAAAAAAAAAAAGCGGUUCCUCCUUGUGUCUCUUGUUCCCUCCCACGACUGUUGUAGUUUGUCCCAUCUUUGCUGCUUUAAGUGGAUGUCUGUUACCCAUCAUCCUCUGUGUUUUUUUUUUUGGCCUCUUUUGUUUACAAGUCUGCACAGAGAUGAGUGGUUGUCCUCAUUCUGCUCAGCCCGUGAAGUGUAUUGCUCUAAUUUACAACUAUCUCUUAAUUAUCAACGCAAGGCUCUCCAGAGAGCAGGUAUAGCUGAAAGCUCUCUACGUAGACCCCAAACACCUCUGUCUGUAUUACAGUGGGGGACAGACACUAUAUAUGCAUGACUUUAUGCAUAUUGUAAAGCUGAAAAUUACUUUUGGUCACAUAAAAUGUUUUCUUGACUUUAGGGUUACGUUUGUGGCUGUCAAUAUACCAUUGACUACAGAGUUUUAUUUAUGUGUGAAAGGGGAUGUUAUGUUUUUUUUUUUUUUUUUGCUUAGCAAAAAAAGAUUUUUGUUUUAUUUCUACUGAGGUUCAACCCAAGCCUAUGUCCGCUACUCAGGGUAUUGCAUCUUGGAAUCACUCGGAAUAUCUCUAAAUGUUUAAAGAGGCCUUUCCCAGACUCUCACACUAACACCAUUACAGCGCAUUGUGUCCAAUUGUUGUAGUGGCUCACCGAGGGGAAGAAAAGUAACAAGAACAAAGUAUUAGAUUUGCUGUUAAUGA